AUGCGGAGAGUAGAAAGAGUCAAUGUUGCCUUGAUGCUCUCAGGAAUGGGCUCAGCAUCUGUAGAUGUCUUUCGCAUGGCGAGCAUUAGAUGGGAAAAGAGACAAGCUAAAGUUUUGCAACAAGCUAAAAUGAGAAUUGUGAAGCAGAAGGAUUCUGACAAAACUCAAACUUAUUGGAGCGACCUUUGGGGCAAAACCAAAAAGUACGAGAAUACAGAGGAAGAAGUGAAAGAGAGGGCAGCACGAGCUGCAGCAGCAGCGCGAAGAUGGAGAGAGUAUUCUAGAAGGGGUGUCGACAAACCUCCCACAUUCAAACUUCCGGAAGCCGUCUCCAACAAAGAACAGUGA